AUGCUUCCCACGAGCCUCAGAUCGACGUAUCAGCAGUACAAGCAGGAUACAAACAUUGUUGCUUCUUGGCUGGCCUCAACUGCUCUCCAAACUGGAUAUUCCGCACCUUUGAAUCAAGUCAAUGGCUCGUCGGUGGCCUCAAGCUCGCAAAGGUUGAAAGGCAAGGCUCGGAAAGAGGCCAAGAAGAAACAAGCGGCUGCAUCUACCGCCCCGACUGACGCGAAGCCGAAACACAUCAUCGCGAUUAAGGACUUCGUUCCCCUCGCCGAACAUAUCUCCGGUACCCUGUCUUCGACACUGCCAGUGCCCGACUUCUUCUCCGCCGCACUCGACCGUGUCAUCGAAUCGCGGAAACGUUUUUCUUCCCUGUUAGGAAAGUUCCAAGCCUUUCGCAACGUAAUCGGCGACAGGCAGCAUGCCUAUUUUGUCACCGUUCUUGAGAAGGUUCGCGAUGCCUUCAAAUCACAUGUCGGCCCAUUUGACACUGGAGCACUGAGAAACGCUUUGCCUACCGUUGAGGUCAAGAGCAACGACAAGAACAAGAGCACGGCUGAGGCGAGAAACAUGUUUGAAUCUUUGAGGGUAUACGAACCGUCGGAGAGCUUCUUGUCCGCGCCUGAUGUUGCCUCUACCACUCAUGUCGACGUGGAGUACAUCGCCGAAGAAGACCCGAAAACCGAAUCUCUGUUUGUGUUUUCGAGUCUUCUCGCCGAUCUUUUCCAACUGCGUGAGGAGAUCACCGACCUCUGGAACGAGUACAGGGCAGGUACCAAAGAUCUUGCCGCUGUCUCGGUAGCCACGAACACAGCUUUCCAACUUGCCCGCAGCAUGGAGGAAGAGGUUUCCACGCUACUUGACAGGAUUGGGGGUGUCAUGGAGCUAAUCCCCAUGACCUACUCAUCGGCCUGUGCCUCCCGCAACUUGGACUACGACGAAAUACAGCGGCCUACCGACGAUUUCAAUUACGAUUGCUACCCCGAAGGCAACCAGUUCUUUUACAACGCCCUUAAUCUGUUGAAUGCCUACAAGAAUGUCUCCAUCUCCGAGGAACAACCAUUUUAUUCCGGCAAAUUCGGUUGGUAUGAUCGCCGUAGAACAGCCAGAAACCAUCGUCAACAAUGGGAAGAGGACAAGGCAGCUCUUUUGGAGGUCUUCUCAGACCUGACUUUUAUCUUCGCCUCACUCAAGGGAGUUGAGAUACAGGACGAGUUUACAAGAGGCCUCAAACAAAUGAUGACGACGAAGAAGGUCCCUGGCAUCUGGCUUUGUUUUGCAACCCAGAGCUACCUGGACAUACUCAAACUUCUCGGCCCCGACGUUGACAGGGUGGUCAACAUGUGGGCGUCAGACAACGAUAUCUUCAGUCUCACACGUCAGGCUUUCAAGAUAACCCGCAGAGAACCCGUUUUUUUGGCUCACAAUCCCAUGUUCUGUGGCCUACACACUCACGACGUUCGGGUCCUGUUUCAUCGCUUUGGCAUCGAGUACGCUUCCAAGCCCGGAAACGUGAUGCACACUGUACAGCUUUAUCAAGCGCUGCGUCAGGAGAACAUUUUGGGCGAAGAUGAGAAGAGGGAUGACCUCGAGUUCAUGAUGAAGAUGCAAGGGGAUUCAACCUUCUUCGUUGGAAAUCCGCCAAGGUCCCCCGAGGCCUAUUCAAAGAACUUUGGUCUUACCAAAGGAAUAUCUGCAACUCAUUGGAUCCCUGGCCCUGGUCGCAAGAAGAAGGGCUCAAUUCCGAGAUCUCAAGCCGGCGUCAGAAUUAUGAAGUUCAAGGCUCUUGUAUCGAUGGCGUUUGGUAGCACAAUGCUUGUCUCUUCAGAUUCCAGAGGUCUCAACGCCGAAGCCAUUGAUCAGAUUCUUGAGAGAAGCGGCUGGUUCAAGAAACAUGGAACUUCAGGGCAACCCGGGGGCGGCAACGAGAGUUCCGGUCAAGGCAAUGCAGACUCACCCGAAAAGAGCAGAAAGGUCCCCAGAGCUCUCGGCCCAGUUGAGCUCGUUCAUCAGGUGUGCUUGGCUAUUGAUGAUGAAGUAUCCGACAUAAUGUUUGAUUACUUCAAGAUUGAGGAUACUUGCAAGGGAAUUUUGAAACGGGUGCUGACUUCCCCGGUCCCCGAUACCCUCUACGUUCGUUCUAUCGAGGGUCCUCCGUCCAUAGAGGCUGAUGGCUUCAAGCCCAACUGGGAUGCCAUUGAGACUGAGUACAAGGCUGCCUUUGCAAAAGCAGUGAAUGAUCCAACCCUUACCAGGCGGCUGAAUACUGGAAGCGCGAACAAUGUUGGUUACGGACAAGCCAUUUACGCUGCAGGCUCCGCCGCUAUUAGCCAGGUCAAAAGCCUUUCUGACUGGAAUAAGGCACGGGAACAGUUCACGCAGCUCACGACUCAGAUCAUGAUGGAUCACAACCCAAACUCUACUGAAGCUGUUUCGGCCAUUUGUUACAACAAGGCUUAUGACGUGCAGGAUGCUAAGGGUAUCUAUGGUCUUCGGAGCGAAGAGCUUUCAGUUUUCCCUGCCAAGACAGACUACGACUGUUUUUACAUGGGGAAAAACAACGCCUUCUGGUCUCAGGGUGACGGUGGUACUAUCAACUUGUACACUCGUUGGUACUCAAACUCGGGAUGCCGUUUUGACGACCAGUCCGACCUCUACUGUUAA